CUGACUCUAAAUACGUAGAUGUCAUCUGCCACACCAACUUUGACUGGAGAAUCUGUGGAACUCAUGGAACAGUUUAUGGCAAAGAAACCAAUGAAUUUAUGAAACGGCUGCAACAAGUAAACAUGUCUUCAGUGGCAGAAUGUAUCACAGACCUAGAUGUUUCAUGAACCCAGCCUCCACGCAGCAGUUGCUGUCUUGUGUUCGGAGGUGGAAGGAAAUACCAAAGCCGGUCUUCUUUGGAAACACUUUGAGGAAACAGAAAAGAAAUAAUGGAGUCGGAAGUAUUGAAGAUAAUCUGCGCCAAUCAAGGAUCAGUUGACACUGAUUAUUUGAUAUUGAAUCUCGGCUUAGGCGAUGAAAUUCAUAAUAUAAUUAGUAACAGAGAUAGAUUUGCUUUGUGUAGUCCUUUCGGGCAGCGGAAGGUGGUGGCGAGGACCAGACUGAAACUGUGCAGAGCCAGAGAGUGUCCGGGAUCAUGCAGGGAACUGCACCUGUGUAAAAAGUUCCUCUUCACCGGAUCCUGUCCGUUCACUCGGUCGAGGACAGGAUGCAAAUUCUCCCAUGAGCUGGACUCUGAUCACAAUGCAGGGUUACUGCAAGCGUAUAAGCUGGAGAGUCUGAGCCGGGCCGAGCUGUGCACACUGCUGCUGCAGAGCGACGACUGGCUUCUGCCUGAUAUAUGUCAUAAUUACAACAAUGGUGGCGGGGAGUUUGGUCUGUGUAAGGAGGGUUUCGCCUGCAGGAGACUGCAUAUCUGUGAGAGGUUCCUGAACCGCGACUGCAGCUGCUCCAAGGCUCAUGAUUUUAAUGCUCUACAGCCAUACAAGAGCCUGCAGGAGAAAGGCGUUCCUGAAGACCUUCCUCAUUCCUUGAAGUCUGUUUAUGCAAACAUAUUGGCUUUGAAGUACGCUGACAGAAAGCAACCAAAUCUUCCCAACAACACUGACGCGAACAGCGACGAUGGCCUGAAUUACAGAGGGAGAGGGAGAGGGAGAGGUGUUAACAGAGGCAACAGGGGCAACCGAGGCAACAGGGGCAAAAGAGGAAACCCAGGCAACAGUCAACCGGUGCAACGAACCUCUUCCACUGAUGACAUCCUUGAUGAAAUCAACGCCUUAGAUCCGUACAGCGACGAUGGAAUGAACGAUUGGCUAAACUCUUCCACCAGUGACAUCUCCGUUGCUGUCAGCGGCACUGAUGUGAGCAGUGUCGAUGGUCAGAACAAAAAAGAAAAUCUGAAUAAAACUUCAACAGCUGUCAGAGAGAAUGGCGGGAACACAGGCGGCAGACCAUCAACCAGUUCCACUAAUGACAACGCCGGUGCUGUCAUCGACGAUUCAAACACCGAUGAUGGACCGAACAGGAGGCAAAGGCCUGUUAGAGAUAAAACUGAGAUAUGCAUGUUCUUCAUCAAAGGAAACUGUAUACAUGAGGAGCGAUGUUUUAAAGCUCACGACAAGAUGCCGUACAGAUGGGAGGUCAGAGAGGACGAUCAAUGGACCGCCUUGACUGAUAAUGACAAUGAGGCGAUUGAGAAGGACUACUGUGACCCUAAAAACACAUACAGUGACAGCACCCCACCUGUGCAUUUUGACACAAUGACCCGUGGAUCGAACAACGUCCGACGACUCUCUACCACAAACUCUUUGCUUGAGCCAACCUUCAUCCACACCACUGAGUGGGUUUGGUACUGGGAGGAUGAGUUUGGAAAGUGGAACAUAUAUGCUUCAGCUGCUGGUGGACGCAGAGUAGCAGACGUAGACAGUCCUACACUGGAGCAGAAGUUUCUGGACAAUGACAAAGAUGUGGUGGAGUUCACCGCUGGUUCACAGUCCUACUCACUCAGUUUCCCCGACAUGAUACAGACAAACAAGCAGUAUGGCACCAAGAGGCUCGUGAAAAGACGGCCGCUGUUUGUCUCCGCAGCUGAUGUCAAAACAAAGAAAGCGAGAAGGCCUCUAAAUUUGACCGCUGUACCCGACCACUGGGACAAGACACAGAUUCCUCAAACAGGAUACAAGCGAGUCCCCCUGCAGCGCUCCUCGGAUGAAUUUAAGGAGAUUGAAACUCUUUUCUGUAAAACCAUGAGAGGCUUUGACAUUGUCCAAAUUGAGAGGAUUCAGAACAAAGCUCUUUGGGAAGCCUUUCAGUGGCAGAAAAAUCAGAUGAAGAUCAACACCAAGGCACCCUAUGUGACUGAAAAAAAGCUUUUUCAUGGCACUGACUCUAAAUAUGUAGAUGUCAUCUGCCACACCAACUUUGACUGGAGAAUCUGUGGAACUCAUGGAACAGUUUAUGGCAAAGGUAGUUACUUUGCCCGGAAUGCAGAAUACUCCCACAGCUACACCGGUGACUCUGAUGUCAAAUCCUUGUUCAUCUCACGGGUGCUGGUGGGAGAUUACACCAGAGGGUCCUCCGACUACGUCCGACCUCCUUCUAAGGACGGCGGAGACAUAAACUUCUAUGACAGCUGCGUCGACGAUGUUAUAUCCCCUUCCAUCUUUGUUGUGUUUGAGAAGCACCAGAUCUACCCCGAGUACCUGCUGCAGUACAAGUCCACGCAACCGCCCGUCAACUUAUUUGGUACUGCGUUAGUACCGGCACCGAGACCAGUACUGCCACCCAAACCAGUACUGCCACCCAAACCAGUACUGCCACCCAAACCAGUACUGCCACCCAAACCAGCUGCCAAACUCAGCAUAUCAGUUUAUCAACUCAGGACGUCACUUUAUCAACCCAGCACAUUGGUUCAAUCCAGCACAGCCUCGUACCAACCCAGUACCUCCGUUUAUAAAUCCAGCACAGCCUCGUACCCAGAGCCGGUCCACCAUGCGCAAGGUGCAUAUGGCCCCGCAAAAUAGGGAGGUCCCAGCCUCUCCGCACCGUCGUAUGUGUCAAAUGCUAGGUCAGUGGCCAAACGUGACACCUCAAUGAGAGGAUGAAGCGGAUCGAAUUAUCCUUCAGGAAGGAGGGGUUAAAAUGGGCCGGAACGAUCCAGAACGCACUCUGGCACCUUCGAUUAGUAAAUUAAUCUAAUUUUAAGUUUCAUACAUCAGUGUUUCCUGUUCGUUUUAAAAUAACACAAUUUAUCCAUUCCAGAGUCUCCCCUAUUCACUCUCAGCUGCGCACUGCUGUCUGUCUGUGGUGAGUUCACAUGUCUGUAGUAAAAGCAAGACAUUUGUGUACUAUUUGUUAAAGUCAGUUGAACAGGUGAAGAUCACGUUGUUACAAACAGGCUUGGUAGUGAUCGACACGGUAACGUGCUGCAGAUCCGGUGUUUUUAGCUGAGCUAAACAGAAAGUAGAUUCGGUUAAAAGACAAUAGAAAAUAGAUCAGUGUUGCUAUUUUGCCCUCAUGUUCUCCGUGAAGUUACCUGGAAGUGAAUGUAGCCCCGGUGUGUUUUCAUUUUGCUUGUCAGUAGCUGGUCAUACAGUAACUUGGGAGGCAGUUGUACCUUUUGUGCUCUGAUUAAUUUGGCAUGAAGUUAUCGCACCAGUCAUAUUUAGUUUCAACAAAAACUCAACUUGCUCCUGGCUGUUUAGGAACAAGGUAAUAACGAGAGUAACAGGUGAGUUAGCUGUAAAAGUGAACUAGCUUUAAGUGCUGUGUAGUGGAUAGAGACCUAAAGUUGUAAGAAACUAAUGUGUUAAAGAUUUGAGAAUGGAAUUUGGUGUGGUGUUAACAAGAAGAUGGAAAGCAUUGGAUUGACAUUGACUAUUGAUGUAUAUAUUGAAUUUAAACUGUUGAUUAG